GCAAAAGUUUGAAUUAAUCAGAAAUGCAGUGAUUUUGCUCUUCAUCUUCUUCGUGAUUUUCUUUCCAUUUCUUUGUGAGAAUACCAACAGUAGGGCAACUCUUGGCCAUUUUAUUAGAUCUACUUAAUCAAUUUCUCCUAAUCAAUUUGCCCUUCAAUGUCCCUAUCUGUAUCUGCGAAUCCCUCCCUCCAAAUAUGGCUGAUGCUAUACUUUCCCUAUUCCUAGACCAGGUGAAAACAAUCAUCGACAAGGCGAAGAAAGAGGUGAAGCUGUUGGUCGGUGUUGAGGAAGAAGUGGAAAAGCUUGAAAGAUAUCUUGAUGUCGUCCUGAGAGUGUUCGCGCACGCUGAGGAGAAGAAAACAACUGACGAACUUGUCAAGAAAUGGCUGGACAGGCUCAAAGAAGCUGUGUACGACAUGGAGGAUGCAUUGUGGAAAAGUGGAGUAGAGCUGGAAGUGAAAGGAGCAGAAAAUGGUGCUAAUCGUCAGGGAAGACUGAGCUUCCCAAAACGUCCAGAAACUUCAACUUUUGUUGAUGUGUCAAAACUAUGUGGUCGGAAUGGGGGUGAAGAGAGAACUAUUGAGGUAUUUGUUGGAAGGAAUAGUGAAGAUGAGGCUGGGAAACUAAUCCAAACCAUCUCUAUAGUAGGGUUGGGUGGGCUGGGAAAGACAGCUCUGGUACAACUGGUGGGCAAUGAUCCUGAUGUUAAAAUGCAUUUUGAGAGUGUAAUAUGGGUUUGUGUUUCUGAUUCUUUUAACGAGAAAAGAGUUGCAAAAGCAAUCAUUCAAGGGCUUGAAAAGCUUAGUGGUAGCGCAGCAUAUGGCCUCGAAUCAGAUCCAAUGGAGGCCGACGAAGGUGAGACGUGGGAUUCACUAAAAGUCACAUUUGAUCUUGGUGCUGCAGGAAGUAGAAUUUUAGUGACUACUGGGGAUAUUAGAAUUGCCUCAUUUAUGGGGUCCUCUAACUCCCAAAUCAUUCAUCUAGAAAAAUUGGUUGAUGAGGAGUGUGGUCAGUACUCAGAGAUAUAGCAUUCAGAGGAAACGACAAGGUACUCAUUAAUAAUUUUUUUUUUAUACU